AUGUCCCAUUUUAGCGGCAUCCUUGGUGCGAGUAAUCAGUAUGGCCGUUGGGUGCCAGAGCAGGAACUCAACGUCAAAGCCAUCGCAGGUGGCGCAACCGUGGACUUUUCACAGGCCCUUUUCAAGCACCCAGAGUACAUUGUUCACACCAAGGCCUUCUGGGGCGGCAUCACUGUGAUUGUGCCUCCAGGUGUGACGGUGGAGCAAAACGGCCAAGCCAUCAUGGGCGGUUUCGGUGGCAGUGGUGGAGUGUACUCAGCUGCCACCACUGGGCCAGCAGCGGUGCCAGGUGUGAUCAAGAUUAAGGUGGAGGGUACCGCCGUCAUGGGCUCCGUCUCGGUAGCGGUGAACGAGCGUGCAAAGCCAGCAGUGCUCCUAACGUCUGGACCCCAACAAAAAUCGGCAAUGCAACCGGUGCAGGGUAGCUUGGAGUAA